AUGGCCGAGUUGUGGCUUUUGGGGCAGCGCGUUCGGUUUGCGCUGGUACCGGGCGUGCGUUCCGCAUUUGCCUGUUUCCGUGGGGAGUUGCUGAUGCCCGUCAAUCUCACUCCGCCCAUUCUUUCCAGCAAGCGAUCAAACGCGCCGGGAAUUGGUUCACGCGCACAUGGGUGGCCCCUUACCGCGCCCCAGGCUGGCUGUCCCAUUGAACAAGCGAAUAACCAAAACAGCGAUAGAUUGGGCGUCAGCUCCGGGCUGUAUCCCCCCUCCUCGCCAAUGAUAGUGAAACCGCCACCGCCCCAACAAGGCAGUCCUUCGUCUCUCGGUCGUUCUCGAAGUUUGGAAGGCGGGGAGUCUGGUAUCUCUUCUCCAACGGGAUUGGCGAUUGGAGGUUUGAGGGGCAAAGGAUGCAGCUGCGGGUAUCAUUAUCGUCAAUUUCAAAACGAUAAAAUUUCGUUUCAUGGAUUUGCUCACGCGGAUACCAUGCUUUUCAUUGUGAUCGAAAAGAAAAGGGAGGGUCGGAUCAGCUUCCAAAGAGCACAGCCUCGGACGGUCGGAGUCGACCCUUCGUAUAAUCGUGAGCGGGAUCUGGGGCUCCAACUGGGCGCAAUGAAAUGGGAACUCAAUCUUGCGAUCGUGUGGACAAAUUUGUUGACUGCGGAUCACACGCACGCAUGGAAAGCGCAGAAACGUACGCGACAUCCCAACCAGUACCGGAGGUCUACGGGCAAAUGUGCUGGCCUCACGGUAGCUUCCCUUCUCGCCAUCACCAGGGGCGCGACAUUGGCGCCGUUGGACAGUUUUACCCCACACCGUGACGCUCCGCCGACCAAAGGAAAAUACAUCGAAGCUCGUAAUAAGCAAAAAUUUAUGCACGUCGAAGAUGGUGCUUCUUUGACGAUGCAACGCGAAACCCACCGCAAUACGACAACCUCCGGUGAAGAAAAGAUAUACAACGGAGGUGCAGGAAGAGACGGGAGAAAAUGCCCAAUAGCUUUCCUAUUUUCCAUGGAAAAUGCAUGGGCAAAAAAUAUCGUACAGGCAGCCCCAAGUAAUCCUGAAAUGAAGAUGCCCAUUGUCCAGAGCCCGCCAUCCUUCUCGCCAGAAAAAACUCCUUCAGUGUCUUUACGCCUCAUCCGAGAACGUGUGACGAUGCACAGAAACGCCCAGCCAAGGUCUCCGCCCCCGGGCGUCGGGCAGUGUGACAGUUCAAGGGAUUGUGGAGUAGAGCGCGAAAAGCACAUCAGACGGGAUCGACACGUUGUGGCUCUGCAAGGUGGGCUCUACAGUAGUGUACAGUACACCUCACGGUCGGGAUCCGGAGCAGGUGUAUGCGAAUCACAAGGAAAGCGCAGUGCCGCCUCAUUCGGAGUCGAGUCUCAGAAACCAGCCUUCAUUUCCAGCGUCGAUGAAAGCAACGAAAGCCCCGCCUGGCAACACGUUGUCCAGAUGUUACCCGAAGAGUUGAGCUCGCUGAAACAACAGAUAGUUUGGACUUCGCUUGUUCCGGUGUACCUCAAUGCGUGGAGGGCGUUGCAACAAGGUGUCAUCGUUCUAAGGCCCCAUUGCGCAAUAGCAAAUGCCGGACGUGCCGAAGGUGCUGGCAAUACCGUCCGGAUGUAUGAAGAGACUCUUGCGCCACAUUUUUGGGCCACUCUGUAUGGAAAUGGCUCCCUCGUUUUGGGGCCAUUUUUACAAUUUACAGCUGAUUUACAGACCCAUACCGCGGCAAAUUUAGCCCAAACCGUCAUCGCGACGUCUAAUCGUUCAUUUUGA